UAAUAUGAAGAAUGCGAUCUUCACUCGUCAAUAAAUCACGGGUACAGCCGCUGGCAUUGCGAUUGUGCCAGGAUGUCUCGGAGAGUUUUGCGCGAUUAGUCAAGUGCAAGUCGCCCCCCGAUUCAAACAGAGUGUCUGAUUGCGCAUGUGCAGAGUCGACGCAUAUUGGGCAGACAUCCUUCAGUGGGUGAGCUGUGGGAUGGACUGAUAGGUCAUGACUUACACUCAAUGAACAUUCUAAUUUCCCUAGCAGACACCGAAGGAUGCCGCACCAGUGCUACCGGCACGAAUUAAUCCUAGAGGAAGGAAAAGACUAGAAUAUGCUAUACUUCAACCUCUGUACCUUGAGACUCUUCGCAAAACAGCGCAUCAGUGCUACUAACGCACUCACCGACUACCCCUGGCUGGCUGGCUGGCUGGCUGACACAUUAAACAACUCAGCGGCCCUACUCUUCUUGUGUAUAUGUUCAAUUUCAUCCUCG